AUGAACGGGUCCAUCGUCACCAAGCAGCCCGUGCCUAAGGAACAAGAUUCCCUCAAGGAAAAGACACCACUGCAGGCAAUCUCACAGGGGGUCUGCUUGCCCGGCAUCCCUCUCUUCUCGGCACACGACAAGCAGCGCGCAUGGAUAUUGAACCACAUGGCAGGAGCAUUUCGUGUCUUCGCUCGGAAAGGAUUCACCGAGGGUAUGAGCGGUCACAUCAGUGUCCGAGAUCCAGCGGAUGAGCACGCCUUUUGGACGAAUCCACUGGGAAAACACUUUGCUCUUCUCGAGCCGUCCGAUAUGAUAUUAGUCAACUACGAUGGAAAGCCGAUUGGAGGUAACACAAGUCGACCAGCGAACGCAGCUGGCUUCUUGAUACACUCAGCAGUGCAUAAGGCGAGACCCGAUGUCAAUGCUGCGUGUCAUACCCACAGCAAAGCGGGCAAAGCAUGGAGUACCUUUGCAAAGCCGCUUGAGAUGAUUAAUCAAGACGUGACUUACUUUUAUGGUGAUGCUCAGGCUGUAUAUACAGAGUUCGGAGGUGUUGUAUUCAGUGAAGAAGAAGGUCAACGUCUAGCGGCUGCUCUGGGACCGAAGGGCAAGGGCAUGAUCCUGCGGAACCAUGGUCUUCUGACUGUAGGAGGAACCGUCGAUGAAGCUGCAUAUCUAUACACACUGAUGGAGCGAUCCUGUGAGGUCCAACUUAUGGUCGAAGCUGCAGCAGCCAACGGCGUUCCUAAAGUGUACGUUGAUGACGAGGCAGCAGCCUACACUUUCAAGAUGGGAAGCGACCCCGAGAGUCUCUACUGGGAAUUUCAGCCUGAUUUGGAAUACGAACAAGUACACAGCAAUGGUGCUUUCGAGGUAUGA